GCCUCCCCGCCAGCGUCCAGGCUUUGGAGGCUUUAAAAGACUUGUUGCUGCUCUCAAAUGUGGCGUUUCUUCUCCUUCUCCCACGUCCGGCCAUGUUCCGGCGGAGCCUGACGACGUGCGACAUGCGGCGCCGCGGACUUAAGUUGCUGCUGCCGCUCCUGGAGGCUGGAGGGACGGACGUGACGAUGUUAUUGUCUGUGUCAGACAGGCGAUGAAGUGAGACAUUAAGUCAUCCAGAAGGAGUUGAUCCCACACGUAGAUGAUGGACAUCAUCGAUACUCAGCGUGCCUUGGAGGCUGUGGAGCGACUUCAAGCCAAACUGAAGGAGCGAGGAGAAGCUGAGGACAAACUCAGCCUGCUGAAGAGCGUCCUGAGGAGCCGCCUCUUCCUUCACAUUCUCAGCCUGCAGAAGGCCCAACGCCAGCCUGCAGCCAAGGCCAAGGGCCUCUCCAAGUCCGUGUCCAUGAACUGUGGCAAGGGCCCGGCCGUGGGACUGGACACCAAGCUCAGUCACAGCGACUCCUACACCUGGGCCAUGGAGAACCGAGGACCCAGCAGGUCUCUGCGCAGGGACGGGAGCGUCUCCUCCCUGGACUCGCAGGAUCUGUCCUUCUCAGACCUCUACUCAGACAACUGCACUCACACGGAGUCACAGUACUGCACACCCCCUCGGAUCUCCCGAACCAUGUCCAUGGGGAGGAACCUGUCUGCAAUUGCUCAUGAGAGGCGUCACUUGGAGAUCAUCGAGCUGACCAAUGAUGGGAAAGGACUUGGAUUUGGGAUCAUAGGAGGGCGGAGCACAGGAGUCAUGGUCAAGACUAUCCUGCCUGGAGGAGCAGCUGGGCAGGAUAAACGUCUGCGCAGCGGGGAUCAGAUCUUAUGUAUCGGCGACACAGACCUGGCUGGCAUGAACAGCGAGCAGGUAGCGCAGGUGCUGCGAAACGCCGGCAGCAAGGUGAAGCUCCUCAUCGCCAGGGACAACCUGACCUCUCCCGUCCUCAGCCAGGAGUCCCUGGAUGGCAACGUCAGUGACUUCAACCAUGACUACGAGUUCAGCGUGCAGUUCAGUAAAAACAGCAGGGGGCUGGGCUUAACCAUCUCCAGCUACAUCGGCCACCUCAACUCAGUGUACAGUGCUGGGGUGACGGUGAAGAGCAUCGUGAAGGGCAGUACUGUGGACCAGGAUGGACAGAUCCACGUUGGCGACAUCAUACUCUCUGUGGACGGGGUGAGCCUGCAGGGCUGCAGCGAGCAGCGGGCCAUGGAGGUGCUGAGGAGGACCGGCCCUAUGGUCCGACUGAGACUCCUGAGGAAGGCGGUGCGUCUCAGCCACAUCCUGCCCCCCGUGCCCCCCCUGCACCCCCUGCGCCACUCGCACAGCUUCCAGGAGGGCGACCCCUACAGGGUGGGCCUGAACAGGAUCCAUGAGACAGGAAUAUGUUCUCUGCGUGAGAUCUCCCGCCGCGCAGCAUACGCCAACAGAAGACCCCGACAUGAUUCCAGAAAUGGCGUGAAGCUGACGGCGGCAGAAGAAGAAGACCUGAGGAUGAGGUGGCAACAUGCACUUGGACCGAGAUAUGAAGUCCUAGUGUGCCAGCUGGAGCGCUUCAGUGAGACUAGUGGUCUGGGCAUCAGUCUGGAGGCUCGGGCAGGACAUCAUUAUCUGUGCUCAGUUUUACCUGAGGGUCCUGUUGGCCAGAGUACUAAGAUCUUCACUGGAGACCAGAUCCUGGAGGUGAAUGGGAUCCCACUCAUAGGAGAGACACACAAGGAGGUGAUCAACAUCCUGAAGGAGCUGCCUCUCUUUGUGUACCUGGUGUGCUCUCGCGUCGCACCCCCCGCCAUCCCCGACAGCGAGGAGGACGAGGAGGAGGACGCCCAGCUCACCCUGAAGGAGCUGCUGGCUGAGUUCAAUGACAAGCUGGACCAGGGCUGCGUCAUCCCCUGCCCGACAGCUGAGGACAUCACCAAGCGGGGCGUGCCCCCCAUGUCGCCUCCUUUGGCCAUGUGGGAGAGGGGGGCGCAGGUGGUAGAGCUGGAGAAAGGCGAGUCGGGAUUGGGCUUCAGUAUCCUGGACUACCAGGAUCCGGAGGACGCCACCAAAACAGUUCUGGUGAUCCGCUCCUUGGUCCCGGGUGGCGUGGCUGACCGAGAUGGCCGCCUGCUCCCCGGGGAUAGACUCAUGUUUGUCAACGAGUGCGACCUGGAAGGCUCCAGUCUGGAUUACGCCGUGCACGUGCUCAAGUCCACGGGCUACGGCCCCGUGCACAUCGGUGUUGCCAAACCGCUGCCGCUGGAACUCUGCGGGGGACUGACGCCCAUCUCAGAGAGGAGCACGCGGGCGUCCUGUGAUGAUGGCGAGGGCCACACUCAGGACGGCGUGCUAGCCCAGGCGGGCACUCGCACGCUGGACCGGGACUUCAUCAGGCCGUACUACAACAACAACACGGAAGUCCCGCCGCAUCAGCGCCUCGGCGCCAUGGACGAGGAGGGCCCGCUCUCGGCCCCGCCCCCUGGCACCGGCUUUGAGAAGACCAUCACCGUUGUCCGGGGCAACCGUAGCCUUGGGAUGUCGGUGAGCGCCAUCAAGGACGGCUCAGGCAUGUUGGUGCGCAGCGUGGCCCCCGGGGGCUCUGUCUGCCAAGAUGGCCGACUCGGGCCGGGCGACGCCAUACUGGCCAUCAACAACGAGACUACGUCCAACCUGAGCAACGCCAUGGCCAGGUCCAUGCUGCGCAGAAACUCUGUCAUCGGGCCAGAGGUCAGGAUAACCUUCGUACCUGCUCCACAUGUGGACCAGCACCGUCACCGCCUGGGUUUGCCCCCGCUGGCCUCCACCCUAGACCACGCCCCUUCCUCCCCCACCCCGCCUCCAGAACCUCCCAGUCCAGUUGAACCCUCCUGCAUUUCAGUCCAGUCUAAAACCUCAGGUCCAGACCCGGCCUCGGUCAGAGGUCACAACACAACACGUGAGGAGGAGGAGGAAGAUGGAGUGAAGGUGGAGAUGAAGGUGGAGGCGGAGAUGAAGAUGAAGGUGGAGGCGGGUCAAGGAGCAGAAGGAGAUAUUUGUCCUCACACUUGGGGUCAACCUCGAAGGGUGCAGCUCAGGCGGGCUGCAGGCCGCUCUUUAGGCCUCAGCAUCAUGGGAGGGCGGGGCAUGGGCCGCCGGCUGAGUGGUGGUCACAUGAUGAGGGGCGUCUUCAUCAACAACAUCACCUCCGCAGCACUUGACCACACCCUGCAGGUCGGGGACAGGAUACUGGAGGUGUGUGGUGAGGACGUGCGUGAUGGCAGUCAUGUGACUAAGGUGUGUGGUGAGGACGUGCGUGAUGGCAGUCAUGAGCAGGUGGUAGACGCCAUCCGCCAAGCAGGAGACUCUGUGGACAUUCUGGUUCAGUCCACACAUUACACAGCACAGUCUCCUGUGCUGACUAACUGUGAGAGACUAACUCCAACCUUGCAGUCGGACAGAAGUCAGACCUGCUGUCUAUGUGUCUCCCCACGUGGUCACAUGACCAACAUGCAGCCUCUCAGUGGUCUCCUCCUUAGUCCCGCCCCCACAAACCCCUUCACCCCCACUCCUUUCAAGGUGCAGACCUCCCAUGGAGAGGAUCAAGGCGGCCGCCAGACCUUCAAGGAGCUGAAGUGGACGACCAGAGAUGAGGAGGAGAAGAACACCAGCAGAAAGAGGAUGCUGCAGCGCUAUGGCAGUCUGUCAGGGAGGCUGCACAUGAUGGAGCUGCAGAAGCAGCCUGCACAACAGGGCUUGGGGAUCAGCCUGGCAGACAACAAGGAGGGCUGCAGGGCCCGCAUGAGCGUCUGCGUGGCGGCUGUAGACCCCCAAGGACCUGCUGGCUUGGACGGCAGGAUAAGAGUCGGGGAUGAGCUGCUGGAGAUCAACGGUCAGGUGUUGUACGGCCGCAGCCACCACAACGCCGCCGCCAUUAUUGACAAGGCUCCUCCCAGAGUCAGGAUCAUUGUCAUCAGAAACCAGGCCGACUCAGAACUUGGCCACGCCAAGACGGACUCUGGGGAUCAGGGAGGAUCCUCCGGAGACUUCCGGAAUGUCCACCUGCGACAGGAGAAGCAGGAUCUGGGACUGUGUCUGGCAGAAGAAGGAUCCAAGGACGGUCUGGUGGUCCGGUCUCCAAACAGUAAGGCCGGCACAAGAAGGUUGUCAGAGGGAGUCAAAGCGUGGGCUGAGGAGCACAUUAAGAAGACCACUUCCUGUCCCACACAGACCACGGGCUCCUCGCCGUCCGCCCUGAGGGACUCCAGCAUCUCCCCCUGCUCCGCCCUCGCUGCCAAGGAGCCUUCUGAUUGGCCGCAGUCGGCCCCAGAGUCCCACCCACUCAGCUGGCCUGUGGUAGCUGGCAAGGAGAGCAGCAUACAGAUCUGGAAAGGAGACCUGGGUCUGGGUGUGAGCAUCGUGGGAGGGUGUGACACUCUGCUGGGGGCAGUCAUAGUCCAUGAGGUGAACGAUGGAGGGGCCGCACAGAGAGAUGGACGACUGCAGGCUGGGGACCACAUACUAGAGGUCAACAGUAUUGACCUGCGCCAGGCCAGCCACGAUGAGGCCAUAGCGGUGCUGAGGCUGAGCAGGCAUCAAGUGGACUUGAGGGUGUUCAGACCCCAGCAGGCCUACAGGGAAGAAGAUCUUUGGGACGUCUUCAGUCUGCUGCUGAGACCUCAUCCUGACCUGGGUCUGGGCUUCACCACUGUGGGGAAAAGCGACGACACCGGCAUCUUCGUGUCCCGUAUCGCCCCAGGAGGCGUGGCCGAUGUGGAUGGCCGGCUGUUGCUAGGUGACCAGAUUCUGUCAAUCAACGGCGAGGACGUCCGUGCGGAGUGUCAGGAAGUGGUGGAGCGACUUCUGCAGAACUGCAGUGGAGUGAUCCACCUGGAAGUGGCUCGCUUCAAGGCCGGACUGCAGUACCCACAACCUAGUCAGGAAUACUUUAAGUUGUGUUUUAUCCAGAGUGACGACUCUGACUGCUCCACCCUGACACGCUCGGUUGGACGCACUUCUUCUGUCAGCCAGCAGGGGGAGACAGAGAACCCAGCAGGGGGCCACACUUUUCAAGACUAUCCAGACUACAGAAAAGUCCUCAUAAAAAAGAGUCCACAAGAAUCCUUAGGCAUCAGUUUGGCAGGAGGAGUGGGCAGUCGCCAUGGCAACGUACCUCUUGUUAUUGCUACCAUGGAUACUGAUGGAUCAGCUGCCAAAACACAGCAAUUAAAGCCAGGAGACAGUGUCCUUAGCAUAAAUGAUGUGUCCAUGGAGGGAAUGUCUCACAUGCAGGCCGCUGCCUUGCUCAACAACACCCUGGGUUCUGUCACGCUGCAGGUGGCAUCAGGGUGCAGCCCUCGCGAUCCACGAGGCGCACACGAGCGAUCAUCAGGCCAGCCCAGCUGUCUGCCAUGCUUUCACAACAAGCUGUGUGCUCGCAAGUACAAGACAGUGAGUCUGGAGAGAGGUUCUUCAGGUCUGGGCUUCAGCAUCAUUGGAGGAUUUGGAAGUCCUCAUGGAGACCUGCCCAUCUACAUCAAGACCAUCUUCACCAAGGGUGCAGCCAUGGAAGACGGGCGUCUAAAGGCGGGUGAUCAGAUCAUUGCAGUGAACAGACAAUGUCUGGAGGGUGUGACUCACGCUGAAGCUGUGGACUUCCUCAAGAAGACUAAAGGCACCGUGGUCCUCACCCUUCUCUCCUGACAUCUCCUCAUUCAUUCAUCUUCCUCUCACUUAUUAGUACCUCAUUCAUUCAUCUUCCACUGACUUGUUAGUACCUCAUUCAUUCAUCUUCCACUGACUUGUUAGUACCUCAUUCAUUCAUCUUCCACUGACUUGUUAGUACCUCAUUCAUUCAUCUUCCACUGACUUGUUAGUACCUCAUUCAUUCAUCCUCCACUGACUUAUUAGCACCUCAUUCAUUCAUCUUCCACUGACUUGUUGGUACCUCAUUCAUUCAUCUUCCACUGACUUAUUAGUACCUCAUUCAUUCAUCCUCCACUGACUUAUUAGCACCUCAUUCAUUCAUCUUCCACUGACUUGUUGGUACCUCAUUCAUUCAUCUUCCACUGACUUGUUAGUACCUCAUUCAUUCAUCUUCCACUGACUUAU